CGCGGCGCGUAGAAUCGAAUCACGCCAGUGUCUGGACCCAACGUGGACACUUUCGAAUCACGCUGGCCAAAAGUGGGAAGACGUCCGUUAUGGUUGAUCACAGUCGGUUUAUCGUAAUCGGUGCGACAGAACUAAGCGUUACAGUCAUAUAACAUACAUACAAGAAGAUACAGGAAAUUAAACUUAAAAUUGAGAAUCGAGCCUUUUUUCAUCUGCCUUCUGAUUAAAAAUCCGCCGAUUGAAAAGUUCGAUCACGUGGAUACGAGCUACCGUUUAUUCGCAAAUAUAUAUUGAGCGCGAUUCGACUUGAUUCUCGGUUAUCUAUCGAUCCUCCUUUACACAUCUCGUUUUGGAGACUCGUCUUCGAUUUUACGCUAGCGACGCGUUAUCAUUUAUCAGUAGUGACAUUACACGACGAUUGAUCAACACGCGAUGCCAAUUAAGUGACUUUGCGGCCUCCUUUCUGCCUUCCUACCGUGCUCACCACAGGAGAGAAGGUCCUAUCACGCAGGGCUGAAUCAUAGCAUAGAGAGAAAUGGAGGUCGCGUGGCAUCUAAUAUCAAUCUUCUUUCUGAUGGUCACCCGAGGCGAACCCUGCACGGAGUACGGAUGUCCGGGACGACCGCAGUACGAACCCUUUGUCCCUGCGCCUCCAGGACACACCCCCAGCUGUGCGCCACCGGGGCAGACCUUCUGCGAAACCCUGGACCAUUAUCCCCGACAACUCAUCAAAUUUCUCGUCGACAAAUGCAGCUUUGAUUUUAGUACUGCAUUGCGAGACGAGUCUCGCGAUGACUUCAAUUCUUACAGUUCCACUCCAGAUUAUAGUCAAGGUUAUGACUAUCCACGACAGGAUGAUGUAUAUCGGUUACACAUGCAGCUAAAAGAGCAACCGGCUUCGAUAUACGGACCUCCGUCCAAUAACAGCCGUUACAAUGGUUAUAAAUAUUCUGCACCACCGCAAUCGCAGAGAAAUCCUUUUCUUCCGCAAGUAACUCUGAAGUAUCAUCAAAAUAUCCCACGACAAAUCGAUUAUAAUUAUCCACAGGAAUCUUUGUUUAGACCGAAUCAGUCAUGGUUGGCGAACAGAUAUUCACGAAGUGAUAAAAUAGCACCACGAACUUUUAACGUGAAUCCUUUGUUGGGAUAUGCGAAACUUAAGGACGAUCGUGUUAAACGACAAUCGAAUCCGGAUGCCAUCGCUCUAUGUCCUACACAAGCGCAGCAUAUCGCUCCCAAGGCCGCUCUGAAUAAUCAAGGCAACUGGAUGUAUGUUGUUAAUCUUCCGGGGCAGAAUAAAUACACGCAGUUGGUCAAAAGCGAAAAGUGCUUAAAUAACGAAUGCAACGGUAUUUGUUCGAUUCCGGAGGGAUACAGAAGCAAUUGUCAACAACAAUUCGUGCAAAAGAGACUAAUCGCGCUCGAGGGAAGCGGGAAUCGACUUUACACCGACGUGUUCUGGUUCCCACACGGUUGUUCGUGCCAGAUCAUACCAAAUUAUUGAAUAUACGACAACAAACUGCGUCACAUUUAAUGAAUAGGGAUUAUUUUCAAGGGUAAGCUAUUAAACGCAGUUAUAUUGUUCUCUUCAUGAUUAUAAUUCGACACUCUGUAACGCAGAGUGCGCUUUGCAUCAGCGUUUAAGGUAGGUACCGAUAAUGUAGCGUUCUAGGAAUGAUGCGUAUCAGAAUAAGUCUUGACUCGAUGUACAUUACCAGCGGUGUUAAAGUAGAGGCGGAUGGGCAUUGUCGACAUACGUAGUUUACUUGUAAUAACAAUUAUAACAGAGCAGAUCGCACUUGCAACGUGAAUUUAAAUGUAAAAAUAUUAAUUUUGAAACGCGAAAUGUUUCAAAUGCGUUUGUUAGCUAAAAAUAGGUAAAAAAAAUCCUUUUCAAUGAGA